AUGGACCUCACUGGAAGCCCACUCCACGGCUGGCACGCUCCGCGGCCACCACCGCGGAACAGCAGGCCACCAGGGAAGGCGCCUCGUCGCCGCGCUACGCUGGCGCCGAUUGCGGCCGCGGCCGUCGCGGCGAAGAUUGGGAAGACGCCCUACGAUGUGCACGUGGCGCCCAUGAUGCAGGUGACACAUCGGCACAUGCGAUUUCUUUGCAGACUGUUGUCCAAAAGAUUAGUUUUGUGGACGGAGAUGAUCAAGGACUCUAGCAUCACGUACAACCGCAACAACCCAGAGUAUCUCAGAAAGCUCCUGGACAUGUCCAGUUCCAAAGAACAUCCCGUGGUUCUGCAACUUGGUGGUAGUGACCCAGACACUCUAGCUGAAGCAGUUCGCAUUGCGAAACCAUGGGGUUAUGAUGAGAUCAACCUCAAUUGCGGCUGUCCCUCCGAAGCAGCCGUGAAGGUUCGGCAGGGCCAUGGCUUUGGAGCGCAGUUGAUGACGACACCAGAGCUGGUUCGGCAGUGUACGGAGGCAAUGGCCGAAGAAGCCGAAGUGGACAUCAGUGUGAAAUGCCGCAUCGGUACCCAUCAGACCUUAGCGGAUCUGGAGCGGAACGGCGACCACUAUGACACCCUGCUGAGCUUUGUUGAUGCAGUGGCUGCUGGGAAGGUGAAACGCUUUGCGGUGCAUGCGCGAAGUGGUAUCUUGGCGGGCCUGAAAGCGAGCGAAAAUCGAAAGACACCUCCUCUCCAUCAUGAUUUCGUCUAUCGGCUGCAAGCAGAACGCCCUGAGCUUGAAGUCAUACUCAAUGGAGGAGUGUGCAGUCAACAGGACCUGGACCGUGCUCGGCAGCGAGGUCUCGAGGUCAUGAUCGGUCGCUGGGCGGUGCAACAUCCCUGGGCUCUUGCUGAUGAGCAUACUCUGGCGAGUGGCCGCGGAGCGGUGUUUCAGGAAUACCUGGACUAUGCUCGGAAAGAACUUCGAGAUGGCCGUGAGGAUCAUCUGCUGAUGCUCAGCGACCCCUUGCGAAAUCUCUUCGCUGGCAUCGAGAAGUGCAAGGAAUACCGCAGAGUCAUCAGCACCUUGGGCACUUCGCCCCGUGAGGUGAGCCCGAUUAUGAUCGAUUUUUUAGGCUCGGAUGGCCUGCAGUAUGGCCUGAGCCAUUUGUAUGGGUUCAGCAUGUAUCACGUGCAGAAGUUGUACCCGAUGUUCACCGAAGAUUGCAAGUUGCCCGUGCUCUACUACGGCAAGAGUUCCCGGGAGAAAAGUACAUCCGAGCCCAUGGAUGCAGCAGUGGCAGGAAACUUCGUGCAGCAGCCCAAAGCAGUGGUGGAAGGAGCUUUUUGCCAGCUUUAA